AUGACUACACAGGAGUUGAAUGAAGGUCUUAUGGAAAAAAUGACUGAGGCAAGUAGAGAAUUUGUUGAUUGUUACUAUGAUUCAAAUGAAAAUAAAUUGAAUGUAUUAAGAAAAGGUACAUCACCAAUCAUAACAUUACCUUCAUACAGUAGUAUAGAAAAAAAUGCCUUGAAUUAUAAAUAUGACAUGUCCCUAGGAGAUGUGUUGGAUUUCAUCACUGCGUUAUUAGAAACCACUGAAACAGACACAACAUCAAGAAAACCAGAGCUUGUUUGGGAAGAUGACCAUGGUAGAACAUUCACGCAAAAAGUAAUUCCAUCGAAAGCAAAAUUUUUAGACUUAUGGGAAAAAAAAUAUAUCUCGCGAAUGCAUGUAUAUUAUAGUUUUACCAUAGCAGAUUUCACUGACGAAAAUGAUAAAGAUAAAAAAACAUAUAAGUACUUUGAUGAGCUUUUCAUAACUAUAGCGAAUAUCAGGUUUAUCCUUGAGCGAAAGGGCAAACCAACAUAUAAAUUUGUCGGUUAUCAGAUAAGAAUAAAUCCUCUCCUUGAGCCUUUAGUAACGUUGAGUAAUAUUGCUCAUGAUAACAAACAAUUUAUAUGUAAUGUGAAUGAACAGCUUGUGCCACCAAAAUUUUACGAUAUCACUGGUUAUAAAGAUGCACUCGUGUUUGAGUUUUAUAAGCGCUUUUCAUUCAAAAGAGUUGAAGAAUCAACUGAUGGUCAAAAAAAGGAAUAUUAUGUAAAAGAACCAUAUGAAAUUCCUAAAGACUCUAAUAUAAUGGUUGAACUUAUAUUAGAGUCUGGUACUCAAUCUCAACAUAAAUAG